UUUUGUUGAUGGAAAUGAGUGACUAUGAGAACAAACAAACUGUGCUCAAGAACUGAGUAACUGAUCAAAUGAUUAAUUAUUUAGGAAUAAUAAUAGUCAGCUGUUUUAAAAUGGAAGGUUAAAAGAACUUUGAUUUUAAGUAAUUGGUUACUACAAACUGAUGAUUGUGAAUAAGAGUAAUAUUUUCUAGACUAAAGUUUAAAACCUUUAGUCUAGGUUUGAUUGAUUGAUGAUUAUUAAAUUUAUAAAGAAAUAUUGAAUUAAAGGAUUUGAGAUUUUGGUUUAAUUUCAGGAUGGUCAUUUUUGUUUAAAAGGAGUAAAAAACAAUGUUCUGCAGAAGAGCCAACUCUGAGUUGUGCCAUCUGUCAGGAGUAAAACAGAAGUGAUCCACAUGUGAAUUUAACAUCCACAUGUAAAAUCUCUAACUAAAUGCCUCUUUGCUAACAGCUUUCCUAAAAGCAAUAAAACUGCCAGCUAAAACUAGCAGUUUGUAAGUGUGCUGCGCACAUCACAGGAAAGGAUGAGGUUCUAUAAUAAAUAAAAAGGGUUAGCUGAUCAAAUGUUAGAUAAAAAAGCAGCAAUAGGAUAACAUAGAAUUGAAAACUUUCUAAAAUAAGAUGAAAAAGAACAAAUAAUAGAUACAUUGUUCUAGCUGACAUGCAAGAUAAUGCUCCAAAAGCAGAAAAACAAAUGUGGAUAACUAGAGGGGCAACACUGAAUAAUGAUAACAUUUUUCAGGUUAAUAACAAACCUGUUCUACCAUAAUCCCUAUUUAAAGCAGCAGCAAUAUUGACACACGGAUCAUGUCAUGUGUCAACACGGGGGAUGAUUACUAUACUACAACAUCAUUUUACUUUGUAUGGAUUAAAUUCCUACUUAAAAAUUUUUUGUACUGCAUGACCAGUCUGUGUUAAAAACAAUCCUCAAGGAAACAUGAGACCAAAAAGAGGAAGUUUCCCAAAACCUUCUUAUCCGUUCCAGACAAUGCAUAUGGAUUUUAUUGAACUUACACAAAGUGGGCCAUAUAAAUAUUGUUUGGUAAUGAUUGAUGCAUUUUCUAAAUGGGUUGAAAUAGUUCCUGCAAAACAUGCAGAUGCUUUGACAGUAGCUAAAGCUAUAUGUAAAACUAUUAUUCCAACACAUGGCAUACCACAAACUAUUUAUAGUGAUAAUGGACCACAUUUUGUAAACAAGGUGAUACAAAAUAUGGCUACUCAUUUAGGAAUGACAUUAAAAAAUCAUUGUUCGUACCGACCACAAAGUGCUGGCCUCAUUGAAAGAGCCAAUGGAACUGUAAAAGGUAGAUUAAGAAAAUGUAUGGAAACAACUAACAGGCCAUGGCCAGAAUGUUUAGAUUUGGUAAAGUUGUACAUGAGAAUUACAACCACACAGGAAGGACUAACACCAUUUGAAAUAAUUCAUGGAAGACCAUAUAGAUUACCGAUGUUUUCUGCAGAUUUACAGAAAGCAGAUGAGGAGCAAACAUUGGCAGAUUAGAUGAUUACGACUCUAAGACAGAAAGAGGUGUCAAAUGCAAAUUUACUGCCCUCCGACUCUGCUCUCCCACAGGAAACCCCUCCCAUCAAGCCAGGAGACUGGGUGUAUAUCAAAGUCAUAAAAAGAAAGAGCUGGGCCAGUCCACGGUGGGAGGGACCAUUCCAAGUGCUGAUCACCACACCAACUGCUGUAAAGAUUACUGAAAGACCCAGAUGGAUACAUCUCAGUCACUGUAAGGUACAGAGAGUGUUAGACUUCUAGAAUUCAGUGAGAGGAAGCCGGACUACAAAGGGAAUUUACAAAUUUAGAGGUAAAUUGUCUCAAAGUCCGUGAAGCAAUCAACAGAUUCUCACUCUUUUAGCCUAGAAGUUUUGACAUCUCUGUAUUCUGAGCAGCAAUGGGGUCUCCACAUGCCAGGUGGAUCCUCAACUGUGUUGUGACUGCAGCAUGUCAACUGUUUUGCAGAGGGAGUGGUCUCACUCUCAACAGGAUUAGGAGAGAAGCAGACACAUCCUCCCUCCAGACUCAUCCACAUGACUACUGCACCAACUUGUGAUGGCAACUGAUGAACAGGACUGCAUAUGAGAGAAAUGAGACCAACUGCUAUGUGUGUGCACAGCUACCCUACUUCACACACAACUUUGGUCGGAGACCUGGAAACAUAACCAAACAACAACAACUUUGUUUGUGACACCAUGCCCCUGCUACAGAUGAACCUCCGACUACCAGAAAAGGCAGACUUUUCCAACUGUGACGCCUUCCAUGCGACAAACCACGCCAGCACUGGCUGUUCCAAAAGAUGGAAGUCUGACCAUAGUUAUACCAGAGUUAACCUUCUCAAGGUGAGGAAAUUCGAUAUCGACAGCAAGACCAGAGGACGUCAAAACUUCACUUUCUGCAGCACCAUCAUUCCAGGGAACAGAGGAACCAGGACAAUAGCAGACUGGUACUUUCUGCAUACUUAUGCUUCUCUUCCCAGGAACUGGGGAGAACUGUGCGCCUUGGUUCCUCUCUCCAGCCCAGUGACCUUCCUGCAAAAGGCUCAGGACGCUUACAGCCAUGGACACUACCGCACUAGAAGAGACGUCAGGCCGAAAGUCCAAAGAUGGGGAGGCCUUACAACAAGCUCUGGAGUUCCUUGGAAAUUCAAGAUCUGGGGCGGCGGAGAAAAGUUCAUGCAGAGCCUAUUCCCAUGGGUGGGAGUAGCUGAAGUUCGCGAUCACGUUGAGAUCAACAAGUACGCCUUGCUGCGCCUCAUCAACAACACAUACCAGCUAGCUAACGGCACUGCAAAAGAGCUGACCACGUUGAGAAACAUGGUUCUACGAAACUAUGUUAUGUUAGAUCUUCUCACAGCCUCUCGAGGUGUCUGCAAGAUCAUAAGAUCAGCAUGCUGCACAUUCAUCCCUGAUGAAACAGGAACUGGAGGAACUAUUCAUGAUGCCCUGCAUGAAUUGGAAGAGCUUAAGGACUAUGUGAACAGUGCAACUCAGGGGUCACAACCCUUUGACUUUGUUUCUUGGCUCACCUCUGGACCAUGGUGGCAGCUUUUGUUAAAGAUUGGAACACCCAUCUUGACUGUACUGAUCCUAUUCUGUCUUUUUACAACCUGCAUCUUUCCAUGUCUUCGUAGCAUGAUGCUGAAGACAAUCAACAUUUUGCUCCAGAAGAAUGAAGAUGAACUGAAAACAACAUAAGACAAUGUGCUGUAAUAAAUAAACAGAUUAAAUCAUUUGCUUAAUGACUCCUACACUGAAAAUGUGAAAACAAGUGGUGUUAGUGAUGAAAAAUAUGCAUUUGGUUUUUGUUUUGUUUUCUUUACUGUUUUUCUUAUACAUUAUAUUCCUUUAUAUAUUAAUGUAGUAUGUAUUUGUAUUCUAAAAAAAAAAAGUGUAUUCAAUUUCUUUUCUUUUUUUUCUUUUUCUUAUAUUUUGCAUAAUCUUUAUGUAACAAUGAUAAAAAGGAGGGAAAUGUUAGAAUAAUUAUGUAUUGUUGUCAUUCUUACAUUAGUUGGUUUACUAGUUUGUUUUUCAUUCAUAGGUUUAGUAUUCACACCCCAGAAAGGAAGAGUCUGUUAAACUGUGUGAAAGACAAAACUUGCUUUUUCCCUAGACCUUGAAGCUGCAGCUGCUCUCUAAUCUAGGGAUACUCCUUAAAGGGCCUGUGUGUUAGUUCCUGUGUUAUCUUUCUCUAUCUUCUUUGAGUUAUUACCUUUACAUUUCAUUCCUGCUCUGUUCUGUAAUAAAAAGACUUGUUCUGAUGCAGAGAGUCAGAACGCAUGGUGAACACCUUGGAGAAGUGGUUUGCUAUGUUUUCUCCUUCUGCAGAAGCUUGGUUGAAAACUCAUAAA